CGCCUUCCCAGCAAUUCUUUGCCCAACCUCGGCGAGCUGCAUUCUCUGCAUUUCUACAGUUCAGAUCGCCCUCAAGGAACAAAUCGUGGGGGGCGUCUUCUUUCCUCGGUUCCGUGGUUGGUUUGGCAACGGUUUGGGGUGCUCUCUGGGUGGAGAUCGCGGAUAGCCAGAAUGUCAACGGCAGCAGCGGCUCCCUUUUGGCGGACAGCGGGCUUCACGUACUUGCGAUAUGCAAACACGUGUGCCACCAUGGUGCGGAGCUGCUUGAAGGAGCCGUACAAGAGCCAAGUGGCGGCGAGGGAGGGUUACUCAUACAAGUUGGUCAAGUGGGAUAAUGGGACGCAGCAGAAAGCAGUUGUUCAUGAAAGUGAGGCAGCGGCGCACUGACACAUUCGUUUGAUGUGCCACAUGGUAAAGCCUUACAUUUGCUAGCCCAUUGACUGCUGUUUUGAUACUUGUCACAAGAGACUGUACAUAAAGAAGGAUGAAAGGCUGACUAAAAGCAGGCCAAUCUUGCAGCAAGAAUAUUUGAUGUCAUCUGAGUUGGAUUUGUCUCCCACCUGCCCAAUUUUAUGAUGAACGAUACCUCCAGUAGAUUCGUGGCAUGUACGUUCAUGAUCCUGGUUACAUGGUUACGUUUAUAUGGUUACGU